AUGACUGAUAAAGAUGCAAAUAACCAACAUUCACAAAGUUUUUUUAAAACUUCCUUCUUAUCAAGUAUCAAUGCAUUUUCAAAUCAUACAAAACAACUGUUACCUGAUGUGAAUAAACGACUGAUUGAUUUACAAAAACGAGCACGAGAAUUACCAAAUCAAAUUAUUGAUUUACAAUACAGCUUUGAAUCUGAACGAAUGCAAUUUGUUAAAGAUAAAAAACUUGAUGAAACGAAUGGAGUAGUACAUCAUUCAAAAGGAUCGGAAAUAGUGGCCCCUUGGAUGGGUUACCGUAAAUAUGAAAACAAAAUAAAACAAGCCAUUUUGGACUUAUCAAAGGAUGAACGUAAUUUCUUAAUUCCUCCUCCUGAAGACACUGAUUUUCAAUUUAAUUUCAAUGCUUAUAGUCAAAGUGCUCAAGCAGUUUUAAAAGAGGAUGAACGUUUGGCUCGAUUAAGAUUUAUACUGGUGCCACAACAAGUAAGUGAGCCUAUAUUUUGGAGAAAUUAUUUUUAUAGGGUUACUCUUGUAAAACAGUCUGUCUUGAAUAAUAUUGAAUCAGCUGACAAUAACGAAAAAGAAGAAGAAGAAGAGGAAGAGGAAGAUUUUACAGUAAAAAAGGAUAAAGUAGUUCUAUUUAAUUUUAACGAAAAUGAAGAUGAUUCAACUUUGACAACCAGCAAAAAGCCAGUAGAUAGUUUGAAAAAUAAAGUAGAGGCAAAUGAAUAUGAGGGCAUGGAAGAAUGGGAGAUUGAGUUAAGAAGAGCAGCAAUAGAAUAG